AUGGAUUUGAAAUUUGGGAUAAUAUUUCUUUUCCUGGUUGUCAUUGGAACCAUGGGCAAUUUCUCACUGUUAUGUUAUUAUAUUAUCCUCCACUUCAAUGGAUACAGGUCAAGGUCAACAGAUUUGUUUCUCAGACACCUGAUUGUGGCCAACUCCUUAGUUAUUCUCUCCAGAGGGAUCCAAGAGGUCAUGGUGGCUCUUGGGAAGGAUUACGUCCUCGACAAUCUGGGAUGUGAGUUUGUUUUUUAUCUUCACAGGGUGGGCAGGGGUGUGUCCAUUGACUCCACCUGUCUUUUAAGUGUCUUCCAGGCCAUCAUCAUUAGCCCCAGGGACUACAUCUGGGCAAAACUGAAACAGAAAGCCGUAAAACUCAUGGGCCCUUCUAUCAUCCUCUGCUGGGUCCUGCACCUGCUGCUAGCUAGUAGAACUUUUGUGCUUAUCACUAAUAAAGGGAACAAGAAAAACUUCUCAAGAACUAUAUAUUUCCAGCAUUGUUCAGUGAUGUGUCCUGGCAAUGACACAGGCACGGUUUUUGCAGCAGUGACGUUAUCCCAUGACAUUUUGUGUUUAAAUCUCAUGAUAUGGGCCAGUGGCUCCAUGGUGUUCAUUCUUCACAGGCACAAGCAGCGGGUCCACCACAUCCACAGACACAGUUCAGGUAAAUCUCCUGCUGAGACCAGAGCUUCUCAAAACAUCCUUGCUUUGGUGAGCACCUUUGUGUUCUUCUACACCCUGUCUUCUACCCUCCAUGUUUGCUUUGCUCUUACUGAGAAAACUGCUUUGUGGCUGUUCAUAACUAUCCUAAUAAGUGCCUGCUUCCCCACCAUUAGCCCCUUUAUUCUCUUGAGUCGUGAAUGCAGGGGAACUAGGCUUACCUGGAAGAAGUGA